GGAAACGAACCAAAAAAAAUGGCGGGCAAGAAAGACGCGAAGAGCUCUACCCUCAAUUGGAAGCCUGUCCUUCGCAAGCCGUUUGACAACAGUAGGGUGAUAAGAUUCAAAUGCUCGUUGCAGAACACGAGUCUUGAUGUUUUACGCUCAAAGGGCUGGUCAGAGGCAAGAGAUGAGAAUGACUGGGACUUUUACUGGUGUGAUGUAGGAUGGAUGAGAGAGAGUUUUGACCAUACUUACAUGGAUGAACAUGUAAAAAUAUCCCACUUUAGAAACCAUUACGAGCUCACAAGAAAGAACCUCAUGAUAAAGAACUUAAAGAGACUGAAAAAACAGAUUGAAAGGGAGUCUGGCAAGGCUGAGGCUGCCAAAUGUGACUUUUAUCCUAGCACGUUUGAACUACCAAUGGAAUAUCAUAUAUUUGUUGAAGAAUUUAAGAGAAAUCCUGGUACUACAUGGAUUAUGAAGCCUAUCGCCAAAUCACAAGGAAAAGGGAUUUUUCUCUUUCGAAAACUAAAAGACAUCAUGGAUUGGAGAAAGGAAGAUCCUUAUCGUGCACAAAUUGCAGAUGAAAGGCAAAAAGAUGACAAAGAACCUGUAGAAACAUAUAUUGUUCAGCGRUACAUAGAAAACCCUUAUGUCAUUGGAGGUCGCAAAUUUGAUCUCCGUAUAUAUGUCUUGGUAACAUCGUAUUCUCCUCUUUGUGUGUGGUUAUAYAGAGAAGGUUUUGCAAGAUUCUCCAACACAAGAUAUUCACUGGACUCUAUCGAUGAUUCUUAUGUCCAUCUUACUAAUGUAGCAAUCCAAAAAACUGCACCAGACUACGACCCUGARAAGGGCUGUAAAUGGUCCUUGCAACAACUACGGCAGUAUCUUGUGGCAAAAAAUGGUGUUCCAAAGGUGGAGACCGCCCUACGAGAAAUUGAUAACAUAAUCAUCAAAAGCUUGCAUGCUGUGCAGAAGGUGAUGAUCAAUGACAAGCACUGCUUUGAACUAUAUGGCUACGAUAUCAUGUUUGAUAACAAUCUAAAACCGUGGCUGAUAGAAGUCAAUGCCUCGCCCUCACUGACAGCAAGCAGCCAAACUGAUUACGAACUCAAGUUUAGGCUCCUUGAAGAUGUGCUCUACAUCAUAGACAUGGAAAACAGGUUAACAGGAAGAGAAAAGAGAGUAGGUGGUUUUGAUUUGAUAUGGAACGACAACCCUGUAUCCAUGGAUGAUUCUUGUGGAGCUGAUUGCAUUCCACAACCAAGCUAUCCAACAAAUACAUUUUUAGGUUGCUGUAACACMGACCGAGAGAAGCAAAUCAAGCAAGUUUUAAAAGCCGCACAAACAACUAAGAAGGGUUGACGACAUUCUGCACUACCAGUCAUCRAAUGCUCUGUCUAUCUUUCAGCUGCACAGUGCCAUUAAAGACUAGAUCACUAUCUAAGUUUCUUUAMCAGUUUUUAUUGCUUUGCACAGAUCAAUACAACAGUCACGACAUGGAAAUGGGGCAGUAAACUAGAGUAACUGUCAAUAAAAUAAAUCUGUAGGUACGUAAUGGUAAACUACUGACUCKUGAUAAAUUUGAUUGACAGUAGACUAUUGCCCAAUUUCUUUGCCGCAACUGUCGUAUCAAUCAGUGCGUAGCAAUGAAACCAGUUGUAAACCUUUCAAGUGCUGAGAGGUAAACAUAGCACCUCUCACUGCUGAGAACCCAGAUGCAAUCCAUCUCUACCCAUAUCACACGUGAGUAGAGUUGUUUGCAGUUUUCUAUCACUGCAUUUUAUAGUUUUUUCUCUGGGUUAUUUGCU